GAAGCUGCCUGAUGAUAGGUGUAGGUAAUUGAUGUAUAUUAAAACGGUGUAGUUUUAGAUUAAUAAGGCGAAGGGGUAUGUCAUUAUCCCAGAACACCCCAGCUUAUGAAAGUUUCUCACCUUUCAAAACUAAAUCCAUGCCACGGUUUGUUUGUUUAGAUCAAUUAUAAAAAAACUUUGCUGUAACCUUUGGGAUAUGGUAGAAUGAAUAAUUUACUACUGAAAAUGGCUGACAAUUCAUUUGGAAAGCAGUCCAAGCUCAAUGCUGUUCCAUGGAAGUAUUGCACAGUGUCAUAUAAAAACAGAAAUCUUCUGGUGAAGUUUGAAAUUUCUGAGACGUCUUAUCAACUUUUUGUUACAGAUUUAGUUCAUCUCUAUUCAGAACAACUUUUGAAAACAGACUUGCAUUCUAGAACCCAGAAAUUAAACCCAAAGAUUGAGGUUCCAACUAAUCGUUUACUGCAAGAGAUUGAAAGUAUUUUGUCAGAAGCUUCGUCAUGGAACACAGGCAAGAUGCAUUAUUUGGUUGAAGUUAGAGAAGUUGCCGAAGCCCCUGUUUUAAAAGUAGAGUCGUACCUUGCUGGGGUACCCUUUUUAUGGGAAUUUUAUCUACAGUCUGAACAUGGUGAACAGUUCAAUAAGCAAGUUGUGUCUCCCCUACUUUAUAUGGUUGCUGAACUACAAAGACAACAAAGAGAACUUAUUGCAAGAUUGAAGAGCAAAGAUGCUGAAAUAGAUAAUUAUAAAGCCAGUGGAGCAACAGUUUCACGAAAGCAGAUGGAGACAUUACCUUUUAAUGAAGAAAACUUCAGAAAUGAUAUGAAUAUAAUGAAAGAUGUUGCUGAAAACCUCAAGAUGGCUGUUCCUAAUGUUUUUAGUAAAGAUGCUCAGAAGUUGUAUGAAUAUGUUGUUUUAGCAUCAUAUGAGGCACAAACAUUGAAAAGUUUAACAGCUGAGACUGAACAAUGUAGAGACAAAAUAACGAAGAAUGAAACUCCAAAGGAAAUUACAACUCUUCAUAGCCAUUCAUCUUGCAGUCAGAAAGAUGUUGAAUUACAGAGAAGGAAAGAACUACAAAGGAAACUGGAGAUAGACCAUGAGAAAAAGAAAAAGAGGAAAAUCAAGUUAUAACUUAAGCUUAGAUAGUUUUAACUGGAAUAUGUAAUUCGUAUCAUUCUGUCUGUUUUGAAAUUUGGUGGUUUUGAAUUGCCUGGAUGUCUCAGAACCAAAAUGAAGAUGUGUGAAAAAUAAAAAUAAAUAAAAUAUACUGUUGUUACUUUUAA